CAGACAUGAGCCCUACUACUACGGAACUUACCGUGAAACAAAACCACGUCUUUCCACUGACCAAAAGUUAUUUAGCCUUCAAUUUCAAGUGGUUGACGAUACUCGGCAUAUGGAACCCAUACAAGAAGGGACUCAAGUACUGGAUUUACCAGGGUUAUUGGACUUAUGUAAUUACUGUGGUGAUGGCAGCAAGACUGAUGACCCUGUUGGUGAGAACACUCAUAGCUGAAGAUGCCGCAACAUUGCUCAAUGAGUUCUCGCUCCUCGCGGUGGAACUCGUUGAUACACUCAAGUAUAUCGCUCUCGUAGUUCAUGAGAAAGAAGUGAUCGAGUUGUCUGAGGCAUUUAAUUGGGAGAGGCAUCUGCCCGGGGCAGAACGAUUCAAGCAUUACAGGAAUAAAGUGGUUACCAAAGCUCUGAGUGCCUCUAGAACAUUCACCAUUGCGAUCAUGAUAGCUCUCGUAGAAUACUAUCCAUUCUACUACUACUCCAUUUUGACUCAUUCUGAUUACAAAGUGGAAAAAUUGCCUGUGGGAUCCGUACCUCUUAAAUACUGUUUUAUAACAUCAAAUUUCUGGAUGGCUUUCAUUUUCGAUUGGUUCACAUGCACCUGGCUGGGUCUGCUGGCUGUCUGCGAGGAUGCUCUCAUAAUGGCGGUACUGAUAAACAUGACUGCACAAUUGGAAAUACUCAAUUAUCGAUUGGAAAGAUGUCACUUGACAACUUACGUGCUCAAUGAUGAUGAAGAGUAUUACGAAAGUUCCCAUACCUCAUUUGAAUACUUCGAAGCACAAUCCGGAAUAUCUUCGGUUGAUAAUCCAGUUGUUGAUCCGAAUGAGGAGCUCAUCAAUUGUAUAAAAUUUCAUCAACACAUCAAAAGAAUGUUGAAACUAUUUGGGACUAUUUUUGACAAAGCACUUCUGCCCCAGCUGUUCACAAGUUUGUUAUUAAUUACUUUGCUACUAUUACAAAUGAUAUUGGGUCAACAAGGGAAUCUUUUGGAUUCAAUAAUUGCAAUGGCCUUUCUGUUCUGCGUCUUGCUCCAAUUAUUAGCAUUCUGUUUCGGUGGUAAUUUCGUCCUAGUCGAGAGCGACAGAACAGGCAGUUCAUUGCACGCAUCACACUGGUACGACAUGGACAUCACAUUUCGGAAGAAUAUGAAAAUAUUUCUCGGUGCUGUUAGAAAUCCCAUGAUAGUCAGUGCUGGUGGUCUUGUUGAUCUGUCAGCUGAGACAUUCAAAAAUCUACUUACAAAGGGAUACUCAGGAGCAGCGGUAUUGCAGAAUGUUAGCGGUUAAGGGAUUCCACCGCAUUACAAUUCAUAGUCGUAGUCAUCUUAUUCCAUAGGAUCAAUUAGCAAUCAUGAUAUG